AUGUCUGAGCGCAGUGUCGCGGCGCUGCGGCGGACCGAGUGUGCGCGGUGCAGUAGUGACGUGUGCACCGUGGUGCAGCUGAGCGCAGUGUCGCGGCGCUGCGGCGGACCGACUGAGCGCAGUGUCGCGGCGCUGCGGCGGACCCGCAGUGUCGCGGCGCUGCGGCGGACCGAGUGUGCGCGGUGCAGUAGUGACGUGUGCACCGUGGUGCAGCUGAGCGCAGUGUCGCGGCGCUGCGGCGGACUGACUGAGCGCAGUGUCGCGGCGCUGCGGCGGACCGAGUGUGCGCGGUGCAGUAGUGACGUGUGCACCGUGGCUCAGCUGAGCGCAGUGUCGCGGCGCUGCGGCGGACCGACUGAGCGCAGUGUCGCGGCGCUGCGGCGGACAGAGUGUGCGCGGUGCAGUAGUAGCGCGUGCACCGUGGCUCAGCUGAGCGCAGUGUCGCGGCGCUGCGGCGGACCGACUGAGCGCAGUGUCGCGGCGCUGCGGCGGACCGAGUGUGCGCGGUGCAGUAGUGACGUGUGCACCGUGGUGCAGCUGAGCGCAGUGUCGCGGCGCUGCGGCGGACCGACUGAGCGCAGUGUCGCGGCGCUGCGGCGGACCGAGUGUGCGCGGUGCAGUAGUAGCGCGUGCACCGUGGUGCAGCUGAGCGCUCUGUCGCGGCGCUGCGGCGGACCGACUGAGCGCACUGUCGCGGCGCUGCGGCGGACCGAGUGUGCGCGGUGCAGUAGUAGCGCGUGCACCGUGGUGCAGCUGAGCGCACUGUCGCGGCGCUGCGGCGGACCGACUGAGCGCAGUGUCGCGGCGCUGCGGCGGACCGAGUGUGCGCGGUGCAGUAGUGACGUGUGCACCGUGGUGCAGCUGAGCGCAGUGUCGCGGCGCUGCGGCGGACCGACUGAGCGCAGUGUCGCGGCGCUGCGGCGGACCGAGUGUGCGCGGUGCAGUAGUGACGUGUGCACCGUGGUGCAGCUGAGCGCAGUGUCGCGGCGCUGCGGCGGACCGACUGAGCGCAGUGUCGCGGCGCUGCGGCGGACCGAGUGUGCGCGGUGCAGUAGUGACGUGUGCACCGUGGUGCAGCUGAGCGCAGUGUCGCGGCGCUGCGGCGGACCGACUGAGCGCAGUGUCGCGGCGCUGCGGUGGACCGAGUGUGCGCGGUGCAGUAGUGACGUGUGCACCGUGGUGCAGUUGAGCGCAGUGUCGCGGCGCUGCGGCGGACCGACUGAGCGCAGUGUCGCGGCGCUGCGGCGGACCGAGUGUGCGCGGUGCAGUAGUGACGUGUGCACCGUGGUGCAGCUGAGCGCAGUGUCGCGGCGCUGCGGCGGACCGACUGAGCGCACUGUCGCGGCGCUGCGGCGGACCGAGUGUGCGCGGUGCAGUAGUGACGUGUGCACCGUGGUGCAGCUGAGCGCAGUGUCGCGGCGCUGCGGCGGACCGAGUCUAACAACGACCGUGUGGGUCGCGUCCAUACCCCCGUGCACGGAGCUACACCGACACCCCAUAUUCAUGGAACUAUCAGCUGUUCCGUCGUCGGUCAAUGCCAGCAAGCUUCUAUCGCUCGUAUCCAGGCCAGCGGAAGCUGAAUGCAGGCCUGGAGGAAGUGUCAGUCGGUGCAAGGUCGCGCUCCAGUUCGAUAGACGGCGGGAGUGCAGCCGUCAGCCGUCAGCCGUCAGAGGUCAGAGGUUGCAUUGCCCCUGGGUGUGGGCUGUGACGGCUGCCACUGGGUCGCCGGCGCCAGAGUUCUCCCGCCACACGCUGAUCAAGCCGCGCCUGUACCACGGCCGCGACAAGAGAGAGAUCGCGUCGACGAGGGAGCGAAACGAAGGUCACAUACACGACAUUGUCAUUGGCUAUAACGCGAAUGGCCAAGACUACGUAUUAGACCUUCAACUAAAUAGGGAUCUCAUCCCCAAAUCGUACUUCGAAAAGUACCAGCACAAUGGUGUUCACGUUAUCAACAAACCAACGGGUAAAGACGUGGAGCUGUGCCACUACAGGGGCCGCCUGCGAGGUGUCUCCGAGUCCUGGGCCGCCGUCUCCACCUGCCACGGCGUCAGCGGGGUGGUUUUUGACGGGAAGGAGCUGCACUACUUGGAGAGGUUCUCGACUGAAGAUGGCGGCGAUCCGUUUGCCGAAACAUCCAACAGCUCUCUCCACAUCCUCUACAGCCACUCCGACUUGAUGGCCAAUCAGACGUGUGGGUACUCUGGAACACCACAUCAGAUAGAAGAAAACAAGGAUUUCCACAGAAUACUGAGGUACAAGAGAGGCGCGGAGGAGGCGAUCCACGGCCCGUACAACGCCAACAAGCAGUCUCGGUACGUCGAGUUGGUGCUCGUGGUGGACAACAAGGGCUACAAGGAGCGGGGCGAGAACCUGCAGAAGGUGUACCACCACUGCAAGCAGAUCGCCAACAUUGUCAACUCGCUGUACGUCCCGCUGAACAUCUUCGUGGCGCUGGUGGGCGUGGUGGUGUGGUCGGAGCUGGACGAGAUCUCCAUCGUGGAGAGCGGCGACACGACGCUCACCAACUUCCUGCACUACCGGCGCGAGCGGCUCGUCAAGGAGCUGCCCAACGACAACGCCCAGCUGCUCACGCGGGUGGUGUUUGACGGCGGGGUGGUGGGCAAGGCCCUGAAGGGCCCCAUCUGCACCUACGAGUUCUCCGGCGGGGUCAGCAUGGACCACAGCGCGGUGGUGGGGCUGGUGGCGACCACGGUGGCGCACGAGAUGGGGCACAACUUCGGCAUGGAGCACGACACCAACGAGUGCAGCUGCCCCAGCGAGCGCUGCAUCAUGGCGCCCUCGUCCAGUUCGGUGACACCAACACACUGGAGCUCGUGCAGCCUGGAGUAUCUCGCACUAGCGUUUGAGCACGGCAUGGACUACUGUCUGCGCAACAAGCCGGCCAGGCUGUUCGACAGCCCGGUGUGCGGGAACGGCUUCGUGGAGGCGGGCGAGCAGUGCGACUGCGGACUCCGGGACCUGUGCGACAACCCCUGCUGCAACGCCACCACCUGCAUGCUGCACUCCAACGCCUCGUGCGCCACGGGGGAGUGCUGCGACCUCAAGACAUGCCACCCGAAGGUGGCGGGCUCGAUGUGCCGCACGGCGGACCACGAGUGUGACCUGCCCGAGUACUGCACCGGCCAAUCGGAGUACUGCCCCGACGACGUGUUCAAGAUGGACGGGGAGACCUGUCACAGAGGCAUGGCGUUCUGCUACCAAGGCUCGUGCCGGACGCACUCGGACCAGUGCCAGCUGCUUUGGGGGCCUUCGGGCAAGAGCUCCGACAAGAUGUGCUACGAGAUGAACACCAAGGGCAGCCGCAACGGCAACUGCGGCUACAACCGCGUCAACCAGUCCUUCAUCAAGUGCGGCAAGACGGACAUAGAAUGCGGCAUGCUGCACUGCAUACACCUGAACGAGCGGCUGGAGUUCGGCAUGGAGUCGGUGGCCAUCCUGUCGCACUCGUUCAUCAACGCGGGCGGCCACGUGAUCCCGUGCCGCACGGCCAUCGUGGACCUGGGCCUCAACCAGGUGGACCCGGGGCUGGCUCCCGACGGCUCCAAGUGCGGCGAGGGCAAGAUGUGCGUGAACCAGAAGUGCAUGGCGGUGGGAGAGCUGCGCAAGGGCGGGCCGUGCCCGGGAGACUGCGCGGGCAACGGGGUGUGCAACAGCCUGGGCCACUGCCACUGCGACACGGGCUUCGCACCGCCGCUGUGCGACUACCCCGGCGCGGGCGGCAGCGAGGACAGCGGUCCCGCCUCCGACCCCGAAGGCCGGCGCGUCGUCAUCACCGCCCUGUACGCCAUCUUCCUGGGCAUCGUGCCGUUCCUCGCGCUCACCGCCGUGCUGGUGUUGUACCUGCGCGGCAACGUGACGCGCUGCUGGAAGAAGGGCAGCCGGCCCGGCAAGUCGGGCACCGCCGUCACGGACUGCUCCCGCGCCCCUCCAUCGAGACAAGGGGACAAGAAGUCUGUGCAUCACAGGAAUGGUCGAGGUGGUUCCAUGGCGGUGUGCAAUGGCACAUCCGGGUCUCGCAAGAUGGAGAUCUCCCGGCCUCUGCCGUCCCACGCACCGGCCAACUCCGACAACGCUCUCACGUCUCUGCUGCCCAAGCCAGACUGCAGCAGUGCCGCCACGCCCGCGGCCGUCUCGGAACACGGCUCGGCCGAUGCCAAGUCCUCCAACUUCCAGAACAACCUGAUCGGCCACUUCAAGGGCUUCAGCAUCUCGUCCCUGCCGUCGUCUAGCACGGCCCCUGCAGCCGGUAAGCUGCCGUCCCCGCCGUCCAAGAUGGCCAGCGCGGUGUCGCCGCCGACCGUGCCGACCAGCUCCGGGAAGCCCCAGAGGCCUCCCAGCGUCCUGGCCAAGCCCCACGGCUCGAGCGUCGCCAGGAACGCCUCGCUGGCCGGCACCUUCGUCGGUCCCGCCCGCCCGGACCCCGCGACCGUCACCUUCGCGCCUUUGCCGCGGCCGGUCAUCAGCAGUCCCAUCCUCGACACCACCACCUGCACCGCCAAGGAGCUGGUGAGGCCCGUUCCGUCCCGGCCCGCCCCCCUGGUCCCCGCCCAGAAGCCCGUCAGGCCCCUGUCCUCUCCGAACGCCCUCGGCGUCAACUCCGCAGUCGAAGAGAAGAGAGACAAGGACGGCGGCCAGACCUACCCCACUCUGACGCGACUGGCCUCGUUCAUGCUGCGCCAGAACUCGGACGGCGACAAGCACAAGGACAAGGCGAAGGGGAAGCCGGGGGACGGCACCAGUUCGCUGCCGAGGAAGGCGAGCAAGCUGCAGAUCGACCGGGAGGCGCUGCGGAACUUGGAAAUCUCGAACCCAAUCCCGCAGCAGGAGAUAGACGUGCCGGAGAAGGCGGUGCCCGUGAGGUCGGAGGACAACAAGCAGGUGGUGAUGAGGGCGCAGAGCUUGCGUGACACCGGGCACACGGGGCAGCGACCGGCCAUACCCACGUUCGGUUCCAUGCGGCAGCCGAGCGGGACGAAGCGACCGACGAGCAUUCCUGCCGGGGCGCGGCCCUCGGCGCCGCCCCCUCCGCGACCUCCCGCCGGCCCCGUGGACACGGGCAUCAUCGGCCUGCCGGGGUACCAGAACCCUCCGGCCGGGGCCAGCCCCACGGAUUACGGCUACGACGAUUGCUUCAACGUUUUGGCCGGGGGGAACGCCCCGCUGGCAAACAUAGACGAGGAGUCCAGCCCCACCGGCGGGGGGGGCAACAUCUAUGCUGUGAUCGAGGAGAGCCCGCGAGGGUGCGGCAGGAAGAACAUUAUCAAGGACGUAGGUCAGUCCAGGAGUUCUCCCGGUGUACCGUCCAAGACCGUUGUUGGAUCCACCGGCCCGAAAUCUCAGUAUACCUCUCCGAUGCUGGGCGACUACAAGACUCCCAAACCUCUGGAUAACAGCACUUCAGCCAGUAGCAUUGAGUCGGUGGGUCUGCUGUCUGAGAUCGUUAACGAAAUACAGGCUAGAAAUUUGGAAUCUAUUUAUAGUGGGUCAUCAAGUGACAAGAAAUCUAAAAGUGACGACGAGGAUGGAAACUCCUCUGUGACAGCAACGGAUCACUCAGUUGCUGGAUCCUCGUCCCCUCCUUUGUACGGAUACAAGUCUAGCAACGAUGCUUCCUCCAUCAGCUCCCAGGGAACGUACAUCAAUGCUCCGUACAGCUCGUCCAACACCUACGGAGGUGGCGGCAGUGUGUACAGCAAUGUAUCGAUGCAGAAUAACCCAGCUAAUUCGCCUCCUCCCAAUUCCAAGUCCAGUUUCAGUUCCUCAAUCUCCAGCAGUGGCUAUCUCAGUCCCACACCGCCACCCUCCUCAACUGCAACUGUUGCCAAGUCGUCUCAGCCUAACAGUGCCCCGACCACAAACACUUCUAGUUUGUUCAAAACCUCCCAACCUACUUCGUCACCUGCCAGUACUGGCAAACCUGCUAAAGAAGACAAACCAUCAGUUCAUGCUAAUGCAGUACAGAAUCUGACCAGUUACAAACCUUUCACUUCUUCGUUUCACAGGCCUUUGGGUCCGCUGGCAGCUGCUAGUUUCAAGUCUUCUGCAUCAUCUCCAUCGGACAGUGGUUCUGCUUCUCAGCCGUCUUCGAGGCCUAAAAUCACGCCCGUCAGUGCGGGUCGGUCAAACACGGAAGAACGGAAACCUCAGGCGCAAUCACCGACCGCUGCUUCGAAAUCCGGGGUCGCUGCGCCGAACAAGUCAUCUCUCCAGAGUUCCGCUCCCGGAAAACCCGCAGCCGUGGCGUCGAAGACCGGUGCUUCCGUACCUGUCGGGUGCGGUAGAGUCGGCAGGACAGACACCAAACCCGGCAAUAACAGUCCGGACGUUGUUUCAAGCUGCUCCGUCGGCACUUCAGGCGAUGCAGGCCGAUCUCCGGACGUCAUCGGAGGGAAGACGGGUCUGAAGCCGGCCCCCAAGGUCCCCGACGUCACGCUGAAGCCGCAGGUUAGCGCCGCGGGGAGGUCGGCAGCGGUCGCGACCAAGCCGGCCUCGCGCAGCAAGCAGCCGCAGACGGCUCCCAAGCCGGGCGGGGCGACCACCGGGAAGGGCAGAGCGGCGCCCGGGUUGGGCAAGUCGGUCUCGGACGCGGGCGCCAACAGGACGAUGCCCGCCGGCGCUCGGACGGCCGCCAGCAAGCUGUCCCACGUGGCGUCCUUGCAGCAGAAGUUCGAGGCCGUCUCCCCGGCGACCAGGACACCGACCGGCGCGGGGUCCAAAACCAAAACCCCCUCCGCCGCGGGGAACGUCGGUGCGGCAAAGAAGUAACCGAACCCGACGGCCGUGAAACGGAGCCAACAGUGUAUUAUUAGUCCACGUCCGCUCGAGGGUGUCUUGCGUUGAUGGUUUCGCAGUCGUUUCGUGAUUCCAUUCGAGUAUUUAUUAAUUAUUCCUAAGCUUAGUUUAAUUGUAACCAGAUCUAUGAAGGCUGCUGGCAGGUGUUAAAAAGCUCUGCAUCCUAAAAGAUUAAACCUAUAUAUUUUACAAAUAUUUGCAGUAAAUCAUCUGUAAUCAGAAAGUAAAAAAAAAAAAAAUGCAAUUUGAAAUGCCUUAUCACCUUGUAAGAUAAAAGUCAAAAGACAUACGAUGAUUUGUGUAUAGUGCCCAACUGUAAACAUGUAUGAACACUAUAACUUCUGCGAGAGUAGUUAAAAUUGUGAUUUUUUUUCUGUGGUGAACAUUGAUGAAGUACUUUCUGAGCACCACCAGUAAAGUGUGUUUGGUUCAACGUUUGAUUCCUGUGAUAAUGUGUAAACUUCCACAUUGUGCUUUAAAUUCCUCACAUAACUUGGGCAUGAUAAUAUUUAUAAUUAAGUUUAUAAGCGUAUGAAAUUGAGUGCAUGUUGCUGUUAUCAACUUACAAGGAAUAAUUUUUGAAUGUAUUACCAGAGUGUGUUCUGAUUUUAUUGAUUUUAAUGUUAUGUUCUGCAGUUAGUUCACGUAGGUGAGUUAUCAACAUGAAUUCUAGUUACAGUUGCAGUUUGAUGCAUGAUUUUGUAUCUACCAGAUGUUAGGAGACUUUACACCAUUUCUGUUACAAAACUGUACAGCAGGCACAUAACCAGGAAUUUGAUUUAGAAGAGGUCAGGUUUUAAAAGUCAGUGUCAUUAGCAUGAGCAUUAUAUUUUGAUGUUUAUGUGCUUAAGGUGUAGGUGUUAUGAUAAUUAAUCAUUUAAUUUUUUUUGUGUGUUUUGGAAGGCUAAAACAUUUUCAGGAAUUUGUACCAUAUUUGGGUAGGAGUACAGAUUUUACCUUGCACAUACAUACACAUAUUUUUAAGUAAGACAAAUAAUUUGUCUGGUUACAGGAAACUCUACUUAUUUGUGUUAAUUCACUAUCUUUGCUUUAUGCAGCUUGAAUCCAACUUAAAACUAUUGUAAGAGUAGUUAGUUUUAAUAAAAAUAAACUGUACAUUUAUAUUACUUUUUAUAAAUCAUUUAUAUUGUAAGAGCUUGCAAAUUUAAAAGACUGUGAUUGUGAUUUUGGUCAUAAGGUGGCAAAGGGGCAACCUUAGAUUAAAUUGUACCCUGCUACCCUGCUACCCUGCUACUCUAGGCAGUUUGCCCCCCCCCUCCCCUCCCCUCCUUUUUUUAUUUUAUUUUUAGAUUAUCAGUUCAGAGGUACAUAUUGAGGUAAAGGUCAAACGGAAAGAAAAUUUUGAGAAAUGAGAAAUAAGCAUGUCCACCAUAGCUAUUCCUUCAUGUAUGCUAAAGGAAUGGUUUCCUUAUAUAUUAUGAUUUUUUUUUGUUGUCCAUUUGUAUUGUUCAGUUAUUUUUGCUCAUUGAAAUUAACUCCUUACAUCUUGGUUAAUUGCCUGAUGUAUGGUAUUUUUAAAAUAUUCAUUUCCUUCAUACUACAUACUUGAGCAGAGUCAAUGCUUCUCCCAACUUGGGACUUUAUACAGUUUUUAAAUAUUGUAUUAUAUAUUUCUAUGAUGUAAAUAUGAAGUGAUUACCUAUGUGGUUUAGUCUUUUGCAAACAUAGAAAAAUCAUAUUGAGCAUACUAGUGGCAUAUCAAACUACUAUCAUUAAACUAGUAAUUCAGUUGAAGCUUUGCUAAUUAUCAAAUUGUAAUUAAUGUGAGAGAAUUAAUCAGUUAAUAUGUAGGCCUACUCAGUGUUAAUUUUACAACCAGUAAAUGUUUUGAGUGUUUAAAAGUUUUAACAUUUGGAGAUUAUACUGUGCAACAAUUUUCCUAUAGUAUCUGCAACCUUUGCAUUAGGUAUUUUAAAUUUUCCUGUCUUGAAAUAUGCUAUAUUUACAAAUAUGCUUAUUUUAAAUUAUCUUUCUGGAUUUUUAGACUAUAUAUUAAUACAAAUUUGAACUCAUUUUCAAAUAAAUUUUUUACAUUGGGUUUACCUCUUAACUCUGCUUCGGAAUGAUUGUGUUAGUAAAGUGAUUUUCGUCAACUAUUCUCCAAAUGUUCUUACUCUAGGGUAAACUUUGUGUGCGGCUAUUGUGAUAAUACUUACAGAUAAUAGUGGUGAUUAUAAAGUGUGAAGUAUCCUCAGCCUACUUGUGGCCUAGAUUUCAUUUGCAGGUAGUUUCUGUUUUGUCGCGUUGAAAGUAUAGAAAAUGUACAUUCAAGCCUACAGACGGUUAUUGUUAUUACAAUAAACGGCACAUAGUGGUCGCCUCAUGCAGAUUUGUUUGUUGCGUGGUCUACAAGAUUUGCUACCGUCACUGCCACAAGGAGUGAAUAAGACACGCUGUCAGCUGACAUAACGAGCUUAUUUAAAACUAUGAAAAUAUUUUGGGUUGUAUGGAUUAUGUUUUAUUUUCUUUGCUAUGUGCUUUUAAAUGUGCUGCUAUUGUGCUCUUUUUGGCCAUAUAAUGGGUAAAUGGUAUUUAUGUAUAUUUUUUGCGUAACUGUUGAUUAAGUGGUAAUUAAGUAUUUGAAUGCUUGAUUAUAACUAUAAUAAAAUACUUCGGCUUUGGAAAAUAAUUUUGCAAACUAUUUAUUAUUAAUUAUGCUGAAGUACUGGAGAGAUUUUUUCCUGCCAAAUUUAACUGUUAAUUUUGGGUUAACUUGUUGCUUCUUAACUAGUUUUUGUAUGGAAUCAAUUAAGCCAGAGGUGUAGUUUAUGUAGCUUUACUCAUUUAGAACAUUUAUCAGCCUUCAUGUUCUGUUAAUGAUUUAGGUUUUUUUUUGCCAUAUUUAUGUACUGUAUUCAUAACCUAAAAACCAAAAUAUAUCAUUGGAACUAUAAAAAAAUUUUUUAAAAAAUACAUAGGAGUUAGUACGUAACUAGGCUAAAGCUGUGCCGAUAUGGCAGAAGCCGAUUAUGCUGAUAUUUAGAUUAAUCGGUGUUUCUGCCAUUUUACAAUACACGUGUUAAUAUUCGGCUGAUGUUAUUUAAAAAUUAAUAUGACUGUCAUAACCUAAAAAUCCACCAGUUUCCUUUUCACUUUAUGUACUAACAAAUACUUUGAACUAGCAUCAUUUCUUAGCUGCUUGUGCCAGCCGUAAGUAUCGAACUUAAACAUCCUAUGUUUUAGUUACGUUCUUGAAUCUAAUGCAUCGUAAAUAAAUAUAUCACCAACAUGUUAAAUACAACGGUUAAGAUAGAUAAGAAAAAAACUUGCUGUAUUUAGAGUAUGGCUACUACUACAAACAACGGAAAAUGACAACUGCGUGAACUGUAAAGAAAUGCUUGUAAUACCAUGACGGUGACAUUGUUUUAAUUAGCAUAUGUAAUUUUUUUUUAAAAAUGAAUAUAAAAAAUUAUUAAACAUUAUAGGACUUCAAAUAACAUAAAUUACUUUUACUGUUUUCCGUGCAAAGUGACCACGUUAAACUCAUUUCCGUUUAAAUUUUUGGUAACGUAAACUUUUGUCGUCGCACACAUUAAAUUGGUAUUGGAAUUCCUGUUCUUGAAUUGUAAACAUGUACAAAGUCUCGCAAUUGUUGCACAUUUUUAAUUCCUAUUUUCAAACUUUGCAUUCCGUGAAUCAAUAUGUUUCAUAGUUACGUAUUAUUAAAUUAUCAUAAUUUUUUAUAAUUCUGUAUUAAAUAAUUAAAAUUUUCAGCCUUCAUUAUUAUAUUCAUGUUUCAUUAGGCAACUAACGGGUAGUCAACAAUCAAAUGAAAGCAAGCUAAAAAUAAGUUACAAAAAAAGAGGUUAUGGUCCGUUUAUAAAUGUGUAUUUGCAUUGCAUGCUUUUCUUGGAAUGAAUUAUUUUGGUUAAUUUAGUAAAUUUAUAAAAAAGUUUUUGAUCAAACUGUUUUUUUUCUAUAUUGGUUCAGAAUCCUUGAAUCACAACAGUUGUAUCGGCGUAUUGGCACAUCGUCAAAAUGUUGUAAUGAGUACAGCUCUAAACUAGGCAUGUGCAAAUAUUUGAAUAUCAAAAUGAAUAUUCAGUCAUUUACGAAAAUAGCUGUGCGGGAUCUCUAAAAGUCUGGAAAAAUUUCGGGAUCGCAGGACAUUUUCUCGUCAGGCGGGGACAAUAUUUCCACAGGAUUUUCGUAUUUGAUAUUUGUAUUUGUGAAUAAUUUAAUAUUCGUAUUUGCAUUCAAUUCGAAUUAAAAACUGAUAUUCGCACAUGCUUAUGUGUAAUACAGAUGUUUAAGAAAAUAAUCUCUCGGAAGUUAAAAUGAUUGACGUAGGUACAUUAAAAGAGGUGUAGCAUGAUAUUUUGAUCUGCAAAGUUGUGCAGGUGAAAAUCAAAUAGCAAAAUUAAGUUUUGGGAUUUAUUUUUUCAGAAAAAUUAAAUAAAGUAAUAUAACCAUUUUUUUGUGGCAGUUGGAAUUGUAGAUUAUGUGAUUUCUAUAGCUGCAAUUUAUUUUCCAAAGCUGUGUGUCGUUGAUUGAUUUCUGCACGUGUGGAUUUUGUUGCGUCAAUGAUAACUGAAUCAGUGGAGUGCUAACAGCAAGUGCAUCUAAUGCGUGAGUGCCGUAAACUGACGUGCAACUAUGGAAAAUUUUUGUUGAUGGAAGGAGUGUGUUGCUAAGCUCACCUAAGUUAUGUUUCCUUGAGGUGGUAUAGCUGGUUUGUGUGUUUCAAGAUGAAGUGGUGUGGAGUGCUAACUAAAAUGAAUGCAUGUUUUUUUUUACGGACAAAUAAUUUUUAUAUGUAAUACAUAUAGUAUAGGCACACCACAUCUUUGGAUCGUUGCUCGAAUGUAAAUUGUGCCGAAAUGUUUGGACUUAAAUUUGUAUGCAAGUGAUUUCCGUAGUUUUUUCUUGUGCCUACUUGUUUUUGUUUGUUGGAAUUGAAAGAAAUUGGUUCCUGACUUGGUUGGCUAACAUAUUUUUCACAUUUAAUUUUUUUUUGCAGUAACUAUACAAAAUUGGUUUUAUCUCACUUUUAAUAGCAUUAUUAUUUGUCCUUGUUCGUGUUGAUUCAUUCCUUCUUAACUUUGCAUGUGUACAAUUAAUCCUGCAAACAUUUUGUAUGUCAAGUUGUGUAGAAAUGUUUUUAAUGGCAGUAGUGGAGAGCCUUGCUGAAUGCUUUUUUUUUCUAAACAUAACUAAUAAAAACAGUGAUGAUGUCUCGUGAAUUUAAGGUCAUUUGAUUGUGCAUGGCAUUGUUGAUAUUCACUAUUCCGAGUUGUGAUUUUAUGUGUAAAUAACUAACUAGCUCUUUCCUAUUAUCACAUAUGACAAUCUUUGAAGUUGUUAUUAAGUGUUGCUCUAGCUAUGUGUAGCUAGAGUUUUACGUGGUUACUAAGUAUGCAGUUUUGCUGUUAUAGAUUGUUUUCAGUUUUUUGCAAAUUGCAUUACUUGUAAUGUGCUGUACAUUUUCCUGUGCCAUAUAUUAUAAGCAUGAGACAUUGUGCCACAUACAGCAAAACCCCUUAUUUGCACUUUUCAUGGGGACAAAGUAAAAAAGUGUAAAAAGCGGGAAAGUGUAAAUAAAGGGAAAAGUAUAAAAAGGAGUACAGUUUACCUUAUUUAGAAUUUUUUUCCUUUUGUUUAAUAGCACAUACUACAAUGCAGGUACAAACACACUAACAACAAAUUUUACUUUAGUAUUUAAUCAAUUAUUAAUUUACCACAUUUGACAAAAAUAAAAAAAGAAUGAAAGCCAAAAUGUUUUUCUGAUUACUUCCUAAAAAAUAAAUUUGAAAUUUUCUUCUGCUUGCUUUUUUGGCUGUUCAAGGAGAUUAUUUGCCUCUCCAAAUUAUAAAUACAGUUGCAACCGGCAGGGUUUAUAACAAAUACGGGCUACAUACACAUUGCUCACAGUAAAAAAUUUUUUAAGAAAAGGCCGCAAAUUGAUGAAUAUUUACCGUCAAUAGCGCGCCAAACGCGGAGAAAGGUCAUUGUACUCGGUCAGCUGCUGUAACGACGCGGCGGCGCAUGCGCACUCUAUGCUCCGCCCAGACUCAUGACGCCAUCAGCCGCCAACCAAUAGAUGCGAGCUUAGCGGAAAAAAAUAUAAGCUCCACCUCCCGUGUACCAAUUUUAUCCAGUUCUAAUACCAGUUUAUUGGUAUACGCACCAGUUUUCUCGCUGCCGUGACAUGUUCAAGUUUACGUUUAUCAUGAUGUCUUGAUACCAAUAAUUAAUUAUUUACGAUCUCCAGAAAUAAAUGGUUAGUUUAAAAAAUAUGGCGUCAACUGUACAAUACUUCCCAAAUUAUAAAAAACGUAUAAAACAGUUACCAAGACACCGCUCAUUUUAUCUUGUGAAGUUUAUGUCUCGUACCAGUAUUUCGGCUAAGUUGUGACAUAAAUACAGUAUCAGAACUUACAAGCAGCCAUGUUUGUACAUUCAUGAGUUUACGUUUUUCCCUCGUGCAUUUUAGAUUGUCUCCUGCUAUAAUUACUCGUACUUUUACACGCCUAGGCUUAAAUUAUUACAUGUUUAGAAAUAAAAGCAACUUUUCAUGUUAUAAAAUAUGUAUAUUUUGCUAUUUAAAAUGUUCAUUGCCUACUAGCUCCACGGUAUUUUCUGGUUGUUUAUGGUUGUUCGUGACGUAAAUAGCGGGAUUGAUUCGAUUUUUGAGACGUAAUUCGCGGGAAAGUAUUGUAUUGGACUAUAUGGGAACCAAACGGGACCUGAAGAAUAUAGUGCAAAUAACGGGAAAACGUAAAUAACGGUAACGUAAAUAAGGGGUUUCGCUGUAUAAGAAAUUAUUUUUAAGGACCAACUUUUUACUUUUGUUCGGCAGGGAGAUAUUUAGUGUUAAUUUUUACUAUUCUGUGUUUGUACAUAAAACCUUUUAACAGAAGACUGGAAAGUAUCCUAUUUCCUGAAAAUUUACUCUUUAAAAUAAAUAAUUGUUUUAAUUUCUAUUUCUGAUGAAGACGUGGAGAUGAAGUUGAGCUGCAAUUUGUCGUCUCUUGUUUCACCAAUGUCAAGCUGAACAAUUAUUUUAUUAUGAUGAAAGAAUAAAUUAUAAAACUACUAGUUUGAGAGCGAUAAAUAUUUUAUUUAUUUAAACAUAAUUUGGUCUAGUGAAUAUAAAAGUAAUGAGUUACUCUAAUUUUAGUAAAAGGCAUCAUUUUUCCAGUAAAGUACAGUGCUGAAAUGUUUUUUAAUGGUUGCUAUAACAAUUUUACUGGAAAAGAUAUAUGUGUAUGUAAAAUCCAGUAUGUUAUGUGAAAGUUAUUAUUGUGUUAUUUUUGAUUGAGGCUAUGCUUACCUUCAUUGUUUAUUAUUUGAAAGUAAUUUUUUAUUGUUUGUUUAAAAAAUAAAAAGUAAAUUAACAGAUUACGGUCAAGGAUUUGGUGCAUGAAGAGAAAACAAAAAGAUUGACGUUACUCAAUAUUGUAAUGAAUACGUAACUGCCAUGUUUCCUGUGUGUGGAUUUAUGAUGUCCUCAAAUCUGCUUUCUUUUGCUACUCCAAUGCAUGCAACAUAGAAAGAAUUACUGGCCAGUAUAAAAUAUUCACGUGAGCUGAUGGUAAAUUGGUGAAUCAUCAAACUUUGUUCAGUCGUUUAACUGUUUGAUCUCAGAAGGUGCUCUCUUUCCAUGGUGCAGCUCUGUUACGUUUUCACUUUUCAGCCGAGAGCGAGUUCUCGAUUGCUGGUUGGCGUUAGUGUUCCAAGUUAUGUUAAUAAUUUGAUAUUUUGAAGAAGAAAAAUUAAAGUUUUGUUAGAGUUAAGCGUGUGUAUGUAUGUAUUAUACACAUGAAAUUUGUACAUUAUGUCUGCAACCUGUUUCGUAUACUUGUGUGUUUGUUUUAUGGAAUGUAUCAUAAAAUUAAAUAUUUUAUUGGACACAUACCAAAGAUUUUGUAUAAUAAACAUGCACAUCAUGUGCAAUUGAAA